AUGUCUAAUCCAAUCUACUUGGACUAUGACAACUUUGUCGAAACGAUCCAGGAUCUCCUACCACAUCAGCCAAAGAUCCUCCAAAACAGGUUCAAUCGAGAGAUAGCGAAUGAAACCUAUGGUACCCCUACUGCCCCAAAAGAUGGCACACUACUGAAGUAUGCUAUGGAGGAAGGCGAUGAGGAACAAACCAUCUCACCUCUAUCCAUCCUAAUCAAAUGUGUUAGUAGCCUUUACAAAGCAAUGCACAACCUUGGCCCAUUCACUAGCCAAAUUGAACUUGGUAAAGGGAUGCAAGCUAGAGUGGUCCCCUUCCUCACCAAUGAGGAGUGGGAUGUGAACUGUAUACUUGACCUCAAGGUUGAGGGUCUGGUUGAAGCUGCCUGGAAUAUUGAACAACACUACCACCCCAUUAAGAGUGAAGCGCCAACGUCAGCUAGAGGCAACACUCCUGCUCUAGACUUAAAUGUCACCAGCCGUCAUCUCGUUGGGUAUGAAGCUACGCCAGGGCCUACUCCAGAGCUUAAUGCCAUCACAAACCAUCACCUCAAGGUACUUUCAGGUCUCAAUGACAGAAUGAAGUGGGACGAAUGA